GCAUGCGCAAAUAUAUUUCAACGGGAAAGUAGAAGGAAUAUGAUGGAGUGAUGGAAGGCAGGGACAGUAUGUCGAUACAUGCUACUGUCCUUAAAAAAGGAGGGAGACCCUUGAUCUCAAGGUGCACAAGGUGCUGUAAAUUGUAUCACUGCCCUUUUUGUGAGACGUAUGUCAACAAAUCAGCAUCACUAUUGAGCUUUAAAAACCAUGUGGAGAACCAUUUCAGGUUGGCAGUGCAGCAUGAUGAUUUUGUGAUUGUCAAGUGCAAUUUAGGCUGUAGAGACGACGCACAUUUUCAUUGCUGCUACUGUCCUGCCACGGUCAUAAGGAAAGUGCAGUUAGUUACUCAUCUUCAAAAAUGCAAACUAAAGUUGGGUAGAACUGAUCAGGAAGUUGAUUCUCCACUCAUCCAUAACCCAUCACCCACUGCUCAACCUUCUACCGUCUCCACACAGACAUGCCCACUUCCCUCGAUAGCCAAGACACUGCCAACACCUCUGUUAACACUGACAAAUUCUCAGUCUGUUACACAGAUGCCUCCACUUUCAUACCCCAUGUCUAUCCAUUUACCUUCAGCUCCAGUAUUUGCUCUGAUAUUCCAGUCUCCACCACCCAUAUCUACCUUGACAGCUCCCUUACCUCAACUUUUACAGACUGAGACAAGCCACCCACAUCCUCCUCUUUCUGUCCCUGCAUCUCCACUUUCUGUGUCCACCAAAAUAUCUCCAUCUCCAACUGUUACAUCUACCCACAUUCCACCAGAGCCACCAGCAGCACAUCGUCCUCUGUCAAGGCCAAUCAGAAUUAAAUGUAAUCAGUGUCACAUGGAAUUGAAUAAAAAGAACCUACGCGUUCACAUUAGAAGAAAACACACCGAUGUUAAGUAACUUAUGGUAUUUUUCUUCCAUCCUUUUAAUUUCAAAGUUCUCGUAUUUUUUUUCUUUUAAGUUGUGUUUAAAUACCUUAUUUCAUUGUACCUUUUACAUCAUUUUAAUUAUGUUAAUUUUGUUUCACUGAGUUGCAUGUAGACUUUUAGGGUUAUUUAAUAAAAAUAUAUAUUUUUGUGUAAAAAAAGAAAUGCUUAAAACACAAUUUUUUCUCAUUUUUGCUUCCAGUCAGGAGUUAAGUAAGGUGAUUGUUUCUUACUGGCUAUACCACUAAAUAUGUUAAAAAAUAACGUACAUUUUCCCCAGGUCUACUAAUGUAUAGUAGACCAUCCACUCAUCCACUUUGGAACUGGCUAGAUUCCAGUUUCCCUUCAAGAGGUAAGGUCUCCAGGCUCUAUAAUUCCAUCUUGUUACAACAGUACUCUAGUAUUCCAGUUACUUGCUUUCGGGAAAGGGAAUAAGGGGUUAAACCUGACUGGGAUGUGGUAUGGGCCAGGUGUUUUACUACCUCCAAGAACCUUGCACACCAACUGAUCCACUAUAAAGUUAUUAACAGGGCAUGCAUUACUCCAAGUUUAUUUCAUGAAAUGAAGUUUACAUCUAAUCCUUAUUGUCAUCUUUGCAAUAAAUCUACAGUAGGCUCUUGUAUACACAUGUUUUGGGAAUGCCAUAUAGAGGUCUCAUUCUGGACAUUUGUAUGCACUGUUCUUUUGGACAUUUUACAGUUGGAGAUAUCCAUGGAUCCCCUGCUCUUCCUGCUACUGGAUGACUCCACACCAGCUAAACACACAUCAAAAAAUGACUUUACUUGCAGCAGGCACAGCCACCAAAAAUACUGUUUUAAAGCUUUAGGUGGAACCAUCCACUUCUACACAUUCCAUUUGGCUAACAUACUUCAGAGACAUUGCUUUGUUGGAAGGUACCACCGCUAAGCCCAAUGGAGCAAAGGAUAAGACUAUUUAAAGCUGGGCAGAUAUCGCGGAGGUAUUGGACAAAUAAAAACCUUGAUCACACUUAUUUCUUUAACCUUCCCAAUUAUUUUAUUUCAAUAUGGGCAGUUUUUUUGGCAUUUGUCUGCACACAGUUCAUUAGAUUUGUAUUCUUUAUUUCUUUACAUUUGAAAAUAAAAAAUAUUGUUAAAAAAAAAAAGUUAAUAUUUUACAGACAUUAAGUCUACUACCUCUUUACUAACCCGGCUGCACAGGUGCAGAGAUAUAUGGUGCAAAAGUGACUGUGUGUAGAACUUGUCAUUUCACUCUACAAAAAUUGUUCAGGAAUGGUUUGCGGAACAUGACAAAAAGUUUAAGGUAUUGAUUUGGCCUCCUAAACACAUUUGCUUUGUAAUCCUGGAAACAAAACCAGUCCCUGCAUCCUCCCAGUGUGUUGUAAUAGAUAUUCACAAAUUCUGUAUAUAAUUGCAUAUAUAAUUAUACAGAAUACACAUGGAAAUAAGCAUACUCUUUACAAUGGUGGCCUUCUCAUUAUACAGUGAAUGUUGAAUCUGAAAAUUACAAGUGAUAAUUCGAGCAUUUGAACUCCUGCAUUUCGAUUGCACCACUUGGGAGCCUCCUCUACAGGCUUUUUAAUGUACAUUUUGUCCAUAACCUCAGAGUACACAUCAGUGUAUCAGUAACAUCUGUAUAUCAUCAGAGUAAAAGGUGAAUAAUACAUGAAGAUAUUUAGUUCUGUGUGCCCAAAAAGACAUAGAGUAGGGAAAGAAGUAUUGAAUGUGGCAACUUUUUUCAGUAAAUAUAUUUCCAAUGAGGUUAUCCACAUGAAAUUUUCACCAGACUUUGGUAUUAACUCAAGAAAUCCACACAGAUAAAGAAAUCCAAACAUUAAAGUCCAUAAAUAAAGUUAUGUGUAAUAAAGUGGAAUGACACAGGAAAAAAGUAUUGAACACACUAACUGAAAUUUAUUUAAUACCUAGUGGAGAAGCCUUUGUUUGUAAUGACAGCUUCAAGACGCUUCCUGUAUGAAGAAAUUAAUGGGCUGCAGUAUUCAGGUGUGAUUUUGGCCCAAUCUUCUAAACAUAUGGUCUUUAAAUCUUGUUAAAUUGGAUUCGAGUCAGGUGAUUGACUGGGCCAUUCUAACUCCUUGAUUUUUUUUCUCUGAAACCAAUUGACAGUUUCCUUUGCUGUAUGCUUUGGAUCGUUGUCCUGCUGUAAGGUCCACCCACGUCUCAUCUUCGUCAUCCUGGUGGAUGGCAGCAGAUUCUUCUCAAGAAUCUCCUGGUAAAGGGCUCCAUUCAUCGUUCCUUCAAUUAUAUGAAGUCUGCCAGUACCAUGUGAUGAAAAACAGCCCCACACCAUGAUGCUUCCACCUCCAAACUUCACUGUUGGUAUAGUGUUUUAAGCCGAUGUGCAGUGCCAUUUCUUCUCCAAACAUGAUGUGUAGUAUGACAGCCAAAAAAGUUAAAUUUUGCUCUUAUGUGACCAGACUACACCCUCCCAGUAUUUCAUAGGCUUGUCCAAAUUAGUUGUAGCAAACUUUAAAUGAGCUUCGACAUGCCUUUUCUUUAGUAAUGGAGUCUUGUGGGGUGAGUGUGAGCAGUGGAGUGCAUUGCCUAUUGUUUUCUCUGUGACGACGGCACCUGCUGCCUCUAAGUGUUUUUGGAGCUCUUUCUGAGUGGUCCUUGGCUCUUGGGCUACUCUUCUGACUAUUCUUCUGACUCCCUGGUCAGAAAUCUUGCAAGGAUCUCCUGUGCAUGGCCGGUUGAUGAUGGAGUGAUGUUGCUUCCACUUGUGGAAAAUGGCCCCAAUGGUUCUUACUGGAAGAUUCAGAAGUUUUGAAAUAGAUCUGUAUCUGAUUCCAAUAUGUUUUGCAACAAUAAGGUUGCAAAGGUCUUGGGAGAGCUCUUUGCUUUUACCCAUCAUGAGAUGUUUCUUGUGUGACACCUUGGUAACGAAAAACAUUUAUAUAUACCAUCAAUUUACUAACCCAGCUGAUAUUAAUUUGCACAGAUAGAGGGUAUAAUUACUUACAGAUUUCAGCUGGUUCCUUGCCUUGGAGAAUUGGGGGUUUUUUUCAAUACUUUUUUCCUGUGUCAUUUACUUUAUUACACAUAACUAUAUCUAUGGACUUUAAUGUUGUGAAUUCUUUAUAUUUCUGGAUUUCUUGAGUUAAUACUGAUGUCUGGUGAAAAUUUCAUGUGAAUAACCUCAUUGGAAAUAUAUUUAAUGAAAUAAAUGUUGAUGCGUCCAAUACUUAUUUCCCCCAUUGUAUCUCCGACCAUUACACUAGAUUAUAAAGGUCAGGCUCCUGCAGUCAGCAUUGGUAGUCUAAGUCUGUUUGGUCUUGAUCUGUAGUCUCAGGUCAUGAUUUCAGUACCUUAGCACAUUCAUACAUUUACUUACCACAAUAAAUUAUAUUCAUUUGAUCAUAAGUUCAAAUUUCUAAUGCACCAUGCACUUUAAUUUAUAUACUAACAUUGGGUGGAUCGGUGUUGCUUGAAAACAAAGCAUUUUAAUAAUUUACAAACUUUGAUCCAUAAACUUAAUUUUAUUGGUAAAACUUAACAUUAUUAUUGAAUCGUUACAUUGGAAAACAAGUCAACACAACAUGUUAUAUGACAAGAAAAGGA